GGCCCAGGGGUCACACUUGUCCACGGGAGGGGCGGGGCGCUCCUGCUGGGUCCCCGCCCCUCUCGGAAGUGCUACGGCCACGGUGCUUCCGGUUCCGCUUACUCCUUCCGGUCGUCAUGGAGACGGAGCGUCUCGGGGUGGGGGAGACGCUGGGGGCCCUCAACGCGGCCCUGGGGCCCGGCGGCCCCGUGUGGUUCAAGGAGACGCACGCCCGGCACCUGCGCGCUCGCGACUUCCUGGCGCCGCGGCGCGCGCUCCAGGCGCGCUUCCGGGACGGGCAGGUGCCCGAGCGCGUGUUGCGCGCGGUCGCCGGCCUCCAGGGCCCCGGCGUGGCCCCGGUGCUGCGCUGCGAGCCGACCCCCGCGGGCCUGUCGCUGCGGCUGCAGAGGCCCGCCGUGUUCCGGCGCGUGCUGGGCGCCGUGGCCGCCUACGCCGCGCCCGCCGCGCGCCCCGCCCCGCGCCCGCGCGUCCUGGUGCACUGCCCGGCCCUGCGCGGCCGCCCCGCCGCGCUCCGCCUGAGCCAGCUGCGCGCCGUGCUCGUGGCCGACCACCUCGUGCGCGCGCUGCGCGCUCAGGAGGUAUGCGUGCGCCCCGUGCCCGCCGUGCGGGACCCGCACAUGCGCCGCUUCCUGGAGAAGCUGAAGGUGGACUGGCCCGCCGUCGCCGCCCCGGAGCCCGCCGCCCCCACCCCGGCCCUGAGGAGCCGCCUGCUCGCCCAGCUGAGCCCCACGCGGGACGGGGAGGCCCCGCCCCCCGGGGUGCUGGGGAGACUGUGCUUGAAGGAUGUGAUGAGCCAACGGGGCCUCGGAGCCGGCUAUGACCCUCACGUGGACAACUGUCUGGUCACUGAGGAUCUGCUGUCUGUGCUGUCUGAGCUGCAGGAGGCCGCGCGCCAUUGGCCCGAGGGCGGCUCCCCAGGUCGGCCUGUAGCUCCAGCCGCGGAUGCAGCCGGCUGCGUGGCCGUCCACGUGGUGAGCUGUGAGGAGGACUUCCAGCAACAAAAGAUGGAUCUCCUCUGGUGGAAGUUGGACGAGCAGGCGCCCGUCAUCCAGAAACACCUGCUCUGUGGCCCCGUGAAAGUAGCUGGCGCACCCGACAAUCUGCUGACCGCCUCUGAGUACUAUGAGCUCCGGCAUGCCCAGGUGUGCAAGGCGUCCGCACUGAAGCACGGUGGGGACGUGACAAAAGACCCAGACUGGACAGAGAUCAUCGGGGUUCUGUGUGCGGCCACCAUCAAGUUUGAGAUGCUGAGCACGGGCCCGCAGAGUCAGCUGCUCCUGGCCGACAGCAGCGCCUCCACCAAGAGCACCAAGAGCGGCGUCUUCGUCCUGUACAACUGCGCCCGCCUGGCCACACUCUUCGAGGGGUACGAGCGCAGUGUGGAGCGAGGCCUGUACCCCCCGUUCCCGCCCGUGAGCAGCCUGGACUUCUCCCUGCUCCACGAUGAGGGCGAGUGGCUGCUGCUCUUCAAUGGCGUCCUGCCCUUCCCGGACCUGCUGAGCCCCGCCACGGCGCUGGCCUGCGCGGCCCCGGGGCUCCACGCCCCCGCGCGCACGGAGAUGGUGUGCAAGUUCCUGGUCCAGCUGAGCAUGGACUUCAGCUCCUACUACAACAGGGUACACGUCCUAGGGGUGAGCGCGCAGGCCCCGAGGGGGGGGGCUGGGGUGCGGGGGGGGGGGCGCGAGGGAGAAGCAGAGGCUGAGCCCCGCCCCCCCCCCCUCCAGGAGCCGCGGCCGCACCUCUUUGGUGCGAUGUUUGCGCGCCUGCAGCUGCUGCGGGCCGUGCGGGAGGUGCUGCGCGCGGGCCUGGCGCUGCUGGGGCUCCCGCCGCUCAGCCGCAUCUGACGCCGGCCACGGGGGCCCAGCGGCCCAAGACACCCCGAGUCACCGGUGUGAG